CCCCAAAUUAUUGAAUUCUUGACGGAUUCAUCAAAGCCCUUUUCUGCCGGUUCCCCCAUCCAUCCCUCCAUCUCAGAUUGAAGCAAGCUCGUAAUCAAUGGCGGAUUUGGAAGCCCACACUCGGCCACACCCAUCAAUCUCCACAGAGACAGCUCUCCAGGCACUGAACACCUUAAUCCAGCUCCAUUUCGAGAAGACCCUAGAGAAGAAGCACGCCAUAGAUCUUCAAAAGAAACAGCUCCACAACCUCUUCCACCUCUUCUUCAUUUUUCUGGCUCUCAUCUUCUUAGCCCAAUCCCUUUCCCCUCGCCUCCAGUGCCGCCAUUGCUGGAUACCCAUUGCUCUCCUCUCCCUUUCCCAUCUCACUUUCUAUGUCUCUGUCGCUCAGACCCUCCGCUGCAUCAAUGCCUUCAAGUAUCAGCGCCGUUGCCAUAAACUCACUCUGGGUUUGGCCACGGAGAAGCUCCGACUCAUGAAGAUGAGGAUCUCUACCGCCGGCGGAGGCCUCGAUGGCGGCGCCGCGGAUGAGGAAUUUGAGAUUCAUUACCAGGAGCCGCCGGAGAGCUAUUUGGGUAAGUUUAAGAGGAAUUGGGCUCUGCAUUUUGGGUUCUUGAUCUUCAUCUAUGGAUUUAUGAUUUCUUCCUCUGUUGUUCUUCUCUGUUCUUGAUUUUUUUUUUUCCCCAUUUUUCUCGAUUUUAAAUACAAUGUAUGAUGAUGGUUAAUUUUUCAAUCCUUAGUCAAGAAUUUUGAAUAA